AUGUCGAUGCCUACGCCGGAACAGCUGGCCAAGGUGACGGGGCCUAUCAAGGCUGCUGUUUCGAAGGCGUACGAUGUCGCGCGGGACGCUGUGCAGAGCGAGACGGCACAGCAGAUGGCGAGUGGCGCGUACACGUACUACAACUCGACGCGCACGGCCGCCGUCGAGCACGCGAUCGUGGGCCUCGCGCGCCUCUCCAAGGCCACCGAGCGCUUCAGGCUCGACGACGCCGUCGACGUCAUCACCAAGCUCUCCGAGUCUGGCGACGUCGCAGCCUUCCAAGCGGACCUCGCGGCGCUGCCGCGCAGCACCGCGGCGUUCGUGAUCGCCUGUCUGGGCACCGCGGCCGUCGUCCUCCUCCUCGGCGUCGUCGCCAUCCUCGGCGCGCUCGCCCGGGGGGUCUUUGCCGUGCUCGCGGCCCUGGGACUGGCCCGGGGGCGGUCCAAGCCCGCGGCGCGGCAGCAGAGCGGCGUGCGCGGCGGCAAGGGCGGCAAGGGCAAGGGCGGCAAGGGCGGCAAGAAGGGCAAGGGCAAGGGCGCACACGCAGCCCCCGAGUCGGGCGAGAGCGAUGGUGCCCCGGAGGACACUUCCCGGAGCACCCCGGGGAUGUCUUUGAAGGCGCUGAUGCGGGAGAACGCGCGGAUGGAGGCGAUCAACGCGCAGAACGCGGACGCGCGCGCGCAGGCGGACCCGGCGUUCCUCACGGCGCUCAAGGGCCACGGCGGGCAGGUGCUGUCCGUGUCGUGGUACCCGGGGGACCCCGGCGAGAGCGGGCACCACGGGAAGCACUUCCUUGCGACCGCGUGCGACGACGGCGGGGUCAGGAUCUUCAAGCUGGACACCGCGGGCCUGUCCAGCCAGAAGGGCCACGUCCCGCUCACCACCUUCACCCUCACGAACCGUCAGCCCGUCGCCGCGGGGUUCUGCGCGACGCCGUCCGAGGUCGCGUGCCUGUCCAAGGGCGGCGUCUCGGCCUCCUCCGUCCAGGUCCUCGACCAGGCCCCCGGGUCGAAGCGCUGGGAGCCGCAGUGGGAGGCGCACGAGGUCCACCGGGGCCCCCCGCGCGGCGUGGCGUCGGGCCGCAGCCCCGGCGGCCGCGGCAUCUUCGCGUCCUUCGCGGGCGGCGACGACACGCACCUCGGCCUGUUCUCCUCGACCGGGCCCCGGCCGCUCGCCAAGCUCGACUCCGGCAAGGUUCGGAACAACGGCAUCGCGAUGACGCCUGACACGCGGUUCAUGGCCGUGGCCGCGUGGACGAACGACGUGCCCGUGUGGGAGCUGCUGUUCGACCGGGAGGGCAUCUUCCAGGCCGCGAACAAGGUCAUGUCGCUGUGCGGGCACAAGGCGGAGGUCUACUCCGUCGCGCUGUCGGGCGACGGGCGGAGCGCGGCGACGGUGUCGAAGGACGGCUCGUUCAUCGUGUGGACGAUCGACGUGCGGUACCGCAGCGGCGAGGACCCGCACGUGGUGUACAAGGGCCUGUCGGAGCGCGACGGCGCCAAGCCGUACGACCGCGUGGCCAUCAACCACGACGGCAGUGUGGUGGCGUGCGCGUUCGGCUCGUCGGUGCACUUCUUCUCGCGGCACGGGGCGCGGCUGGGCACCAUCGAGGCCGCGCACACGGGCGCCAUCUCGGGCAUGUGCUUCAGCCCGCGCCUGGUGGGGGUCGGGGCUGGCGAGUCGGUGCUGGCGACGAGCGGGCCGGACAAGCGCGCGCGGCUGUGGCGCGUGCCGCACGUGUGA